AUUAAACAUGGAGAGCCAAAGCAAUGAAGUUUUAUUUAAGUAAAAGUAAUCCAAUUGCAUCUCACAUUUGGUCCAUCGAAAAUGCCGGAAAUAGAGGAAAACGAGGCUUUAAGAAAAUUGCGCGCACGCGCAGGGCAAUGCAAAGCGUCCUUUAAAAAAUUCGAGGCAUACGUCGAAGCAAAUAAAGGAAGCAUGACGCCGGCAAAAGUUGCAACGAUGCAAACACGCCUGAAGGCGCUGUUUGAAACACUUGCGGUGUUCCAACAAUUACAAAUGGAAAUAUGUUUAAUUUCCGACAAACAUGUGGAAGAAGAUCUAGAAGAUAGAUAUUACCACUUGUAUGAAACGGUGAGCUCCAUAACGGUAUGUCCAUCCGAAAGCACACCAAAACUGAUGAAGACAAAUAAGCUUCCAAACAUCGAAAUACCAUGUUUUUCCGGGGAAGACAUUACAAACUAUGUACCAUUCAUCCAACUUUUCGCAGCCGUUGUAGGUAAUGACGAUUCACUGGCGCCAGUUCAAAAGCUAUACUAUCUGAGAAGUCACCUUAAAAACGAAGCAUUAGCGCUGAUCGAAAGCUUGCCGCUCACAGAUACGUCAUACCAAGAAGCACUGCGAUUAUUGAAGGAGCGUUACGAUAACCCAUGCGUGCUUAUUACGAGCCAUGUGAACGCGAUCCUGGACUAUCCUGCCAUGCAAAAAGGGACGGCAUCCAAUAUACACGAGUUCGUUUCAAGCAUCAAGCAACAGAUAGGAGCACUGAAAAAUAUGGAUCAGCCCGUGGAGUCGUGGGACAUGCUGCUGCUACCUAUUCUUCUCCGCAAGGUCGACCAGUACACUGCCAGAGCUUAUCACAUGGAAAGGGACAAGAUGAAGCUUCCUAGCAUCUCGGACUUCUUGAACUUCUUAGUGAGAAGGGCAGCGAGUCUUGAAGAAAGUGGACGAGUCGAAACAAAGCAGUCUGCAAGGAAGGCAGGAAAACUUGUAAGCCUGGUAGCUGUAAGCAAGACCGAAGGCAGUGUUCCAGCAUGCAGCAUGAAUAGUGAGCAAGACCUGGACCAAAGCUUGGAGCCCAUUAUGGAGAAGUUCUUCGAGGUUGAGUCUGUGGGUAAUGAAGGCUCAAAGGCUACCAAGGAAGAAGAGCUUUGUGAACAGGACUUCAAGAAAAAUGUCCAACUAAAACAAGACAUUAAAAGCAUGUUUAGACAAAUUGAGAUAAACCCUUCUCAGAGACACUUGCAGAAUAUACUGUGGAAAAGCAAUGCUAAUGCUCCUAUAAAAUGUCUACAGCUUCAGACUGUAACGUACGGCCUGAAGUCUUCUAGCUUCCUAGCAACGCGAUGUCUUCAUGAGUUGGCGGAGCGCUUCGAAGGUGAGCUGCCCCUUGCUGCUAAGGUGCUGAGGUACAACACAUACAUAGACGAUAUUUUGGCUGGCUCUGACCAGUUGACAGAGUGCAUCGAGGUAAGAGAUCAGACUAUUAAGCUCCUGCAAAUAGGUGGUUUCGAACUCCACAAAUGGUCAGCUAACCAUUCAGCUCUGUUAGAAGUUACUCUCCUACUUUUGGUGGAUUAUGGGAAGCAGGAGUAA